CGAUUUUGAAUACAGAAUUCGUAUUCACAAUACUGCUUCGACGCGGCGCGUGACGGACGCGGCCAUUUUGUUUUGUUUUAUUUUUUUUUUCAAUUGUGUUUUGACGUUUCUAUACGGCCAGUUUUGAUUUUAAGUGUAAAAAAAGUUUUAUACAUGUUGUGAUUUUGUGUUGUGCCUGUAUAUAUAAGUAUGCCGUGACGUAUACAAAAUAGCAUGAAAAAAGAUGGCGGAUCAAGAAGGACCAGUCACAGUUAGUGACUUACCGAUUACGUUUCAAGUAAAAUACCUCGGUCAGAGUGACGCUAGAGGCCUAUGGGGGAUCAAACACACGAGGAAACCCGUGGACUUGAUGGUAGCUGCAGCCAAAGCCCUACCACCAGGUCAGAUUCUACCCAUCGUGAAACUAACAAUAACCGUAGAUGGCGUCCACGUUGAAACCGUCCACCAUGGCAACAAGGAGUUCGAGCACAUGUCUGUCUUCUUCAACAUAGAGUCGAUAUCGUAUGGGGUACAGGACCUCGUCUACACCAGGGUCUUUUCCAUGAUCAUCGUGAAGGACAACGCUGAUGUUAAGGGCCUUAAUCCGUUCGAGUGUCAUGCGUUCGUCUGCGAAAGCAGAAAUUCGGCUAGGAGGCUGACAUAUUCCUUGGCGGCGGCGUUCCAAGAUUAUUCGAGAAGAGUAAAGGAGAUGCAGGCAACGCCAGAUCUAGACGAGAGACCGCCAAGAUUCAAGAAACGAUUCGCAAUCGAUCUUAGGACACCUGAAGAAAUUGAAGCAGAUUUAGAAACAGAGGCAUAGCCUAUACCUAGGUUCUCUAGGUUAUCUAGGCUCAUCUAGGUUUGGUCUCACUUGGCCCCGUGUGAACGCAUAAUAUAUAUAAUUGUUAUUCUAUUUAUUGUUAAGUUAGUGUAAAUACAUUCCAAAGCUGUAGUAAUAAAUAUUUGUGUUUUA